UACAAGGGUCCAGCAAUUUUAAAUCUCACAGACCAUUGUGAAUGCCAGAUCUCAGGCCAACACUUUAUUCUACGUAUCCCUCAAAUGAAGCUGUUUCUGGUACUUUUGGCAUUCGCCCAUGUCAGCAAAGGGCAAAAACUGCCUGACGACUUUAAGGUGUGCGACCACUUCGCGUCCGAUAUCAACGAGUGCUUGGGUGUGGCCUUCGCGAGCGCCCUAAAACAGCUGAAAAAUGGGAUUCCGGCAAUUAACGCCAGUCCAAUUGAUCCCUACCGUUUAUCGAAUAUGACGAUAGUUAGAAAAGAUCACGCGAUCGGCUUUUACGACAUCGACCUCUACAACUUCACCACUGGAAAGCUGGAUUACAUUGAUACGAAAAUUACGCGCGACAGUUUCUUUGCAAAGAUGAAUAUCAGCAUGCCUGUAAUAACCGCCUUGGCUGAUUACACGUUGAAGGGCAAGUUAUUUUUGUUUAACAUUGAGGCUAAAGGAAAGGGAGUCCUAACUAUGAAGAACACCGAAUUUACUAUUCUAAUGAGCGGACCUGUGAUCAAAGAUGCAGCUGGUGCGGAACGUUUCAAGCUGACCACGUUUGAGUCGAAGAUCCAUCCGAAAUCGGUGACGUUCAAUUUUGGAGAUCUCGUGCCGGGGCAAAAGAUGGUCACUGAUCAGGUGAACGCGGUCCUGACGGAGAAUUGGGAAAUUUUAUACAAGGAGGUCGAGUCGGAGUUGGAGAAGGUGUCGAGCGAACACCUAUUGGACUACUCCAACAAUAUUUUGCAAUAUGUUCCUGUUUAAAUUUGUUUCGAUAUUAAUUUUUGACCAAUUUCUUGAAAAUACCCUCGAAACAUUAAAGAACUUGAAUUUCUUUA